CGAGAAAUUUUCGUUCGUCCUUCCUUUUCUCUUACAAGUACUUCGUUCAGGCGGAAACCAUGGCAGAAUCCCAAUCGAAUGAUAACAACACUUGCGUGUUGUGUUUCAAGAAUGUCGUGUAUUAUUCGAUAGGAGAGUGUGAUCAUCCCGUAUGUUUCGAGUGUUCUACGCGAAUGCGAGUGCUGUGCCUCCGAAACGAGUGUCCUAUAUGCAGACAGAAUCUCUCGAGAGUUGUGUUCACGGAGUCCAUCGAGCCAUACAAAGAGCUUCGAAACAGAGUGUUUACAGAUAAACUGUUUGAGAGACAGUUUAAAAUUGGGUUCUACAACGAAGAGAUAAAAAAUGCAUAUGAAAAACUUUUGGAGAACCGUUGCAAGUUGUGUGAGAAACAACCACCAUUCAGGACAUUUAGUAUGCUCAGUGACCACAUGCGGAAAAUUCAUGAGAGAUUUUUUUGCGAUCUCUGUGUUAAACAUUUGAGGAUAUUCACGAGUGAGAGGAAGUGCUACACUCGUCAAGAGCUGGCCCAUCAUCGGCGGAAAGGCGAUCCUGACGACACUUCUCACAGAGGUCAUCCACUAUGCGAGUUUUGCGAGGAAAGAUUCAUGGAUGCGGACGAAUUGUACCGACACUUGCGGAAGGAACAUCUCUACUGCCAUCUGUGUGAUGCGGACGGCCGCAACCUCUACUACGCAUCCUACUCGGCGUUGGCGCAUCAUUUUCGCACCGAGCAUUUCCUUUGCGAAGAAGGAGAGUGCGCUAGCAAUCAGCUUACGGCGGUGUUUAGGACUGAAAUAGAUCUCAAAGCUCACAAGGCGACAGUACACGGCCGUGGUCUGAAUCGCGGUGCAGCACGGCAGGCGCGCACGCUCGAGCUUGAGUUCAACAUCACACCGCACUCCGCUGCCGUAGUGCAGCGAACGCCCAGGGAGCGUGUGGAAGAGCCGCCCAGCCCGCCGCCACCGCCGCCGCCCGCGCCGCGCAUUGAUACGCGCAGUGACGAGCAGUUUCCGCGCCUCUCCGCUGCUGCGCCCACGCAGAUGCUGCUGCAGCCCGGCCCCAACAGAGCCUACGCAGGCACUGGUAGGUUGGAACGCAACGACAAGAAUUUCCCUACUCUCGGAGGCGGCGCCUCCCGCCCCGCGCAACCUCCCACCACCCCGCGCCAAACCGCGCCUGCUGCCGCCACUGUGCUAAGAAACUCAAAGCCCUCAGGCAGUGUGUCGAUCCAAGUGCACAGCCAGCCGGCGAGCGCCAGUAACUUUCGGCUGACGCAGACAAGCGGCAACCGCGUCACUCUCCCUCCACGCCGAGCUCCCCUCAGUGACGACGACUUCCCCUCACUCGGGCCAGCGUCUAAAGACGACCAUCCAAACAUCGGAGCUGUCGCAACUCAGCCCCCUAAGGUUACCCUGAUUAACACUCAAGAAAUGCAAGCUUUGAAGAAUAACAAUUCAGCUAACUCGCAGCCUAAGAAAGUUCCACUGAACGUUGAAGCUUUCCCAGCGCUGUCGUCGUCGUCGACGCCGUCCGCGCCGCCGCAGUGGAUCAAAGUUUCUAAAUCCAAGGACAAGUCCAAACCAGCCAGACCUGAACCGCCGCCACCACCGCGCGAGCCCGCCUUUAACCAAGUCGCCGACUUCCCCACUCUACCCGUCAAUAGCAAGCCCAAACCCAAAAAGGCUCCCCAACAACCAAUCGUCCAACCUACGCACCAACAUCAGCCUAUACCUCCGCCAGAAACUAAAUUAACUAAAAAAGAGAAAAGGAAGCAAAACAACAUCAAAAAGGAGAACUCGGAGCCCACUAACGUAACGUACGUGAAUGGGAUAACUGAAAAGUUUACGAAGCAGCAGAUGAAAGAAGCGUACAAUGCCGCCAUGAUGAACGACAGCCCUAAUAUCGAAAUCGACACCAAAAUUAAGACUAUAGUAGAAACACCGUCUGCGGUCAAUGCGGAUAAGAAAAGAAAUGGGGGCAAUGGAGAUUUUUCUUUCACGUCCAAAGAUUACCCGCCUCUGUCGAAGAAUUCUAUUGCUGCGUCCAGUAAGAGCGCGAACGCACUGCCGAGGAGCGCUAAAGAGGUUCUGAGCUGUAUGCCGAAUGGCAACACGCCGCCCGGGUUCAAGUCACGGCCGGCGUGUGACGGUAUGACGUUCACCAACUCUGCGGGGCAGACGUUCCCCGCGCCCGUACACACGUACAUCCCGCCGCCGGAUUUCGAGCAGCGGAACCGCGCGCUGGUUAAAAAGUUCGCAGCGGCCCUCGGGGGCGCGGCAGCGGUCGAGGACUUCAAAGUGGCUUCGCGCGCUUUCCGCGACAGCAUAAUUAGCGCGGAGGAAUUCCGCGAGCACUGCGCGGCCGCUAUGGGGCCAAAAUUGGACGAGGUGUUGCCAGAAUUGGUGGCGUUGUUGCCGGACAUUGCAAAGCAGCAGGAGUUGGUCGUGGGUCGACCGCUGCCGGAGUUGUGUCCGUGCGCCAUUUGCGGCCAGCUGCUUGCGCCUACCGACGUCGGGGCGCACGACUCCGCCCACUGGCCCCCUCUCGCAGCCCACUAACACAGGUCAGGCGAACGAGACUAGUACUAGAAAUUUAGCAAAUUUCACGGUACCUAAUAUUUAUCGAGCAAGAUAUGUGCUUGGAAUUAAAUAUGCCCAAUUGACACUUUUCUUUAUUUAUUAUUUUCAAGGUAAUAAUUUGAGAGACACGUAAACUUUGGUAAGGUAGAAUGGAAGAUUUUUUAUCACAAAUUUUGAAACUACCAAAUAAAGACAGUUCGAGUGCGUACGUAUUCGCUUACACUCGAAAAGGAACUAAAAAUGUCAGUACGUUUAAUUCUACGUCUACUCUCGUUGGCCGUACUUCUCGCUAAUUAUUGUGAUACUUUGGAAUGCCUCCGCUUUGUGAUUGAUAACUUCGGGUUUCAUGCCUACUGGGUCCCUAUACGUUUAAUUAAUAGUGAUAAAGACGCUACAGUUACAAAAGUACUGCAAUAAAAAGUUUUGUAUUAUGUAAUAGUUAUAGCUUUCAUUGAC